AGGAGUGUAGUUGUCAAUUGAUUUGAAUAACAUAAAAAAUAAAAUGACAUUUUUUGGAAUAAUUGGAUAACUCAGUGCAUGUAUUUCAAAUUAUUUUUAAAUAGAUGAAGAUAAUACUAAUUUAAAAUAUUUGGGAUUCUUUUUACCAUAUAUUUUCUUAUUAGUGAAUCAAAUCCCACUUUUCCCUAAACUAUAUUGAUUUGGUUAGAUGAGUAUGUAACUUUGAGCCAUACCAUUUGUUUAAUUGGUUGGCCCACUAAAAUGCACAUUGUCUGUUUUUUUUUUUUUACAGUGGGUAUCAUAGUGGGUGACCCUAUAUAUUACAAUUUCACCCUUAUUGAUAACCAUAUUAUUGAAAGGCUAGAGGAAAUCGAUCUCAAUGAUUUUCAUUUACAUGAUGUAACAAAAUGUUUCCCAUUUCUUUAUUAAUAUAUGUUAUAUUUGUGUAAUAAUUAUGAUGAAUGUAUAUAGGAACACUAUAUUCACGUUCACAUGUCUUUAACAUUUGAUUAAUUUAUUAAUGAAUUAUGGUUGUUUAAUGCAGUGAUAAUAUGAACAUACGAUGUCGUUGUUCUGGCUGUAGAUUCCUCUCUGGAAUCCAUUUGCUCUUAGAAGUGAAGAAGGAUGUAAUAAGAGAACUUGGUUUUGGUGGGUUAUUGCAAUUAGGUUGUAAGGAGGUUAAUUUAGAUUUAUGUUUUUGGUUGAUAAAAAUCACAAACAUUGCUUAUUCCCAACUCGAGUUAUUUGGGGGUAAGAAGGUUUCUUUGACAUGUCAUGAUGUUGGGAUGACGAUGGGCAUUCCACAUAGUGGAAGAAAGUUAAUUGUUGAGAAGGCAAGUGUUAAAGCUAGUCAAAUGCCGAGUUUGCAAGAUAUAGAGUCAAUGAUGGUUGGCAUCGAUGAUAUGGAGGAAUUUAAGCAGGUCUUCUUGAUUUUCGCUUGUGCAACCUUAUUGGCACCCACAUCUCGUUUGGAAGGUAGUCACUCGUUAUGGUAUACACCGCGAGAGCAGUUACUUGGGAACAUAAAUUGGGGAGAAUAUGUCUUAGAAUUUUUUAUUCAAGUUAUACAUGAACAUAGGAGGAAGGAAAAUGUUUGGAUUAAAGGGUGUUUGAUGUUUCUACAGAUAUUCUACUUUUCAAUAUCUAAUUUUCCAGCCAUGUAUGUGGAACUUACCACUCCUCGCAUUGCUACAUGGAACGAUUUUUUGGUCAAACAACACAUCAAGUUGGAGUUAGAAAUGCUUGGAGGAUUUAGCAAAGUUGAGUUGGUUAGCACAUCGGCGGAGCAAGAUGAAAUAGAAAAAAAUAAGGCUCCUGCAGUUGAUGACCUAGUUGACCCAAAUGAGAAUGAAGACUUUGAUAUAAUCCUUCAUACCUAA